UCCAAUGGGUUCCGACCCAAAAUUUUUUAACACCGGUAUAACUUUAAAAUUGUCCCAAUUAUCAUUUUUUCAAAUUGAUACCUUUAGCUUCUAUGUAUUGGAAAUGAAAAGAACGUUUUACAAUUAAAUCUUUUAAUUAAAAAAAAAAACCUAAAAAAUGGGAUGAGAAGGAUCAAAGGAAGUUUCAGAGAUGAAAGAAAGAAAUCUGUGUGUCGAAUCUGUGGAUCAAUUGAUGACGUGGGUCAACGUUGGACAUUAAACAGUGCUUCAGCAACAACUCUCAUAAUUAUUUUGCUACAACAGCGAUUAAAAAAAUAAAAAUACGACACAAGUACGUAGCACGACGUACAGUAUUUCAAACGGCAAAAUUUAUGCAAUGAUAGUUCGUCGUAGGCGAAGGAUAUUAGACAACAAACAGUCGCAAGUGCAAAGCGCCAAGUUUGAUUAUGAACAUACUUCUACCAGUUGCGUUGAAAAUGUUCGACAAGAGGAGAAAGACGAAAAAAUUGCUGCAAAUGUAAGUGAAAACUCCAAAACGCUGGAAGUUCCAGCGAAUACAGCGCCGAAAACUCGAAUUAAAAUCAGUCUCGAGGUUGAUUUAAUUUCGGUUGUUUUACUAGCAACUGGAAUUAUUACUCGAUUUUAUCGUUUGGAAGAGCCACGGAGUAUUGUAUUCGAUGAACUGCACUAUGGGAAAUAUAUAGGACUUUACAUGAAAAGGACAUUCUUUUUUGAUUCACAUCCUCCUUUGGGAAAACAACUGAUUUCUGCAGUAGCAUACUUGGCUGGUUUCGAUGGCCAAUUUAAAUUUGACAGAAUAGGAAGUCCUUAUACGGAUGUAGUCCCUUUAUUCGCAUUACGAUUAGUGCCAGCGUUAUGUGGCAGUUUAUUAAUCCCAACGGCAUAUCAUUUGAUUUUGGAAUUAGGUCUGAAACAAUGGACUGCUGCUUUGGCGGGAACUUUGUUGUUAUUUGAUAAUGCUUUGUUAACGCAGUCUAGAUUUAUUUUAAUGGAAAGCAUUCUAAUGCAGUUUUCGUUAUUUGGUUUGAUAUGUAUAAUGAAAUUUAGAAAAGUAAUGGAUCAACCAACGUGUUUAUCUUGGUGGAUAUGGUUAACUUUGGGUGUUGCAAGUUUAACAUGCGCAUUAUGUGUAAAAUAUGUUGGACUGUACUCGUUGAUCCUUGCAUUAUUUCUAAUUGCUUACGAUUAUUGGAAUUUGAUACCAAGAAAAAAUUUAUCCAACACGAUAUUAUGCAUUCAUCUUUUGAUAAGAGUAUGUGUAAUAUUAAGUGUCAUUUUCACUGUUUAUUUGACUGUGUUUUACAUACAUUUAACGAUACUUUCUAAAGCUGGACCACACGAUUCAGUAAUGACGAGUGCUUUUCAAGCAAGUCUAGAUGGUGGUCUUGCUAGCAUUACAAAAGGCCAACCUUUGGAAGUUACGCAUGGAUCGCAAAUCACCUUGAGACACACGUACGGAAGAGCUUGUUGGCUUCACAGUCACAAUCACAUGUAUCCUUUAAGAUAUCCAGAUGGGAGAGGCAGUUCUCAUCAACAACAAGUUACGUGUUACUCAUUCAAAGAUGUCAACAAUUGGUGGAUUGUGAAAAGACCAGAACGAAAUGAUCUAGUUGUUACCAAACCGAGUGAACCGAUAAAACAUGGCGAUUUGAUACAAUUAGUACACGGAAUCACAAGUCGAGCGUUAAAUUCGCACGAUGUUGCUGCCCCAAUGACACCUCAGAGUCAAGAAGUAUCUUGUUAUAUUGACUACAACGUAUCCAUGGUUGCUCAAAAUUUUUGGAAAGUGGAAAUUACCAACAAAGAUAGUACUGGCAAUGUCUGGCAUGCAAUUCAAAGCCAGAUUCGAUUAAUACACGUAAAUACGGAUUAUGCGUUAAAAUUCAGUGGAAGGCAGUUGCCUGAUUGGGGUUUUAAUCAGCACGAGGUAGUGGCAGAUAGAUUAAUAGAUCAAACAGAUUCCAUAUGGAAUGUUGAAGAACAUAGAUAUACCAAAAGCGAGGAUCAGAAACAAAGGGAGAGAGAACUAAUUAACGCAGAAAUGAUACCUUUGCAAGCCACUACUUUGAGUUUUUGGGAGAAAUUUGUAGAAUUGCAAAUAAAGAUGCUUUUCAGUGGUCAAGAGGGACAAAGCAGUCACAUGUAUUCUAGCGAUCCUUUAGAUUGGCCGUUAAUGUCCAGAGGAAUUGCAUACUGGAUCUCCAAUGACAGUAAUGCCCAAGUACAUUUACUAGGAAAUAUAGCAAUUUGGUAUUCAGGGACGGCAUGUAUAGUAAUAUAUUCAUCUCUUUUAAUAUUUUACAUAUUGAGACGAAGGCGAAUGUGUUUUGACAUUACACACGAGGAAUGGAACAAAUUUUUCAACAUUGGAAGCACAUUAUUAGCUGGAUAUUUCUUACACUUUUUGCCUUUUAUAUUUGUUGAAAGGACUCUGUUUCUUCAUCAUUAUUUACCAGCAUUUGUGUUUAAAUUAUUGCUUACAGCAGCAACGAUAGAACACCUAUUUUACAUAAUUAGAAUUCGAUGUCGGCACAAUUUUUUAGUAUACACGUUCAAGUUCUGCACUGUUAUAUGGGUGAUCUUUAUUGUUUAUAUAUUUAAAAAGUUUAUCGUACUUAGUUAUGGUACAACUCAUUUAAGUGCCAAGGAAGUUUUAAAGUUACGAUGGAAAGAUACAUGGGAUUUCAUUAUACACAAAACAUAAAAGACAACUAAACACGUAAAGUAUUUUCAAAUAUAUCAUACAUAUAUAAAAUUGUUAUUUGCUCGUAUCAAAAAUUAUUUAAUAUAUAUUACCUAUAUACAAUUGUAUAUUGAUAUUAUAAUGCACAAAUUUUAAUAACUGUUGUAAGAACAAUGUUUAAGGUACAAGUUUAAUUCACAUAAAUGUAUUAUUUUUUUACUUUUUUACAUUACAAAAAGUAU